CAUGGCGAGUCCACAACGUCUUAAAAUUAUUGAAGAUCUGAAGCUGAAGGUGGUGGAUCUGGCAGGAGUGAAGAAGCCCGCCCUGAAGAAGGUGCGUAUGUCCGCCGACGCCAUGCUGAAGGCUCUGCUGGGCUCCAAACAUAYGGUCAACUUGGACCUGAGGGCCAACCUGAAGCAGGUCAAGAAKGAGACCAAAGAGGAGGUGAGGCUCAAAGGUCUAACAAAGACAAYUGGCGWCAGGUUUUCACUGUUUUGCACCUUCAGCUUUUACAAAACAGCUCCAACAGAAGCGAUCGGCGACUGGYGUAAGAACAUUGAGGACAAGGCUGACAGGAAGAAGAUGUUUGAGUCUUYCUAA